GCGAGUUUGCAGCUAUGCGUCUGUUGCUUUUGUGGUUGUAGAAACGGUCGUGUGCGGGUUUAGCGUUAGAGAGUAUUGUGAGUUGGGAUAUUGCAGUGAUGUGUUGUGUUGGUGUGGUGGUUUGGGAGGUGGAAGGUCUUGAGUUGUGUGUUGCGCACUUUUGAUUUCAGGGUUUGGUUUCGGGUCUGGUGUGAAGUUUUUUUGCGUGAGAUAUAGUGAUAUGAUAAUUGUUGGCCUGCUUUCUGGUUUCUUUUCUUCACCAGUCUGCUGUUUGUUUGUAUGUCGGUUUGUCUGUAUGUGCACAUGUUUGUUCAUCUUGUCAGUCGUUUGUAUGUUUGCGUGUCUGUUCACCUGUCGGUUGUCUGUGAAUUCUGUGUAUUUGUCUGUUUGACUGCCUGCCCGCCGUCUGUUGGUCUGUCCAGGUCUCAUCAUCGGGCUGUACACUGUAUGUAUACAGUUCUAGAUCAAUCUACCCAUGAUACAUGAUAGUGUAUGAAAUGGAAAACGGAGGUGAUAAGGUGAUCAUCAUACAAAUUUGAUUAGAAAAUAUGUUUCUGAUAGGAGAUCAGCUUGCUACUAAUAGUGUCUAGCAUUCCAGUGGGGUGAUAGAUGUCCUAGUGAGGUAUUACUGGACGUUGACUUACCUAUUACCCAUCUACUUGCCUCUAAGGCAUAAUGUUUAGUUAUUGCAGUGAAGACCUUAUAGGCAAGUGUUUGAUAUAUGAAAGUGCUUUGAUGGUUCAAUAGGUUUACUGUUGGUUUCCAUCAGUAGGAUAUACCCUAGCCUACCAUGCAUGCACACUAAAGCUUGAUUCACAAAUAUGACACUGAUGCUGAUGUCGAUGACGUUGAUGCUGACGUUGAUGCCUCCAUGUGGGUGUUGAAGCUCAUCUGAGUGUCAGUGUCAUAUUGUGAUCCAGUCUUGGCACUGUCAGGUUAGAGGAAAUGAUUGCAGGAAUGUGGAAUGGAUGUGCAGACCAGAUGUUUGAAUAGGAUGUUUAAGUCAUGUGGUGCCACAUCUUGUGCAGUUGUUUUCUCAUGCUGUUUUGUGACAUCCAUUGGUUCUUUUAUUGCAUUUGUAUUAUACCUAGGAUAGCAAGUCAUCUAAGAAACGAGUCGGUUUGGUUACUUUUUUGAAGAGAAAACGUACCAAAGACAAAUUCAUCGAUACUCCACGUUCUCAGAGUUUGGACGACCUCUCCUGUGUUCUGCAACAUCUCAAAUUGACCCAAAACUGUGCUCAGUGGACUGUGCAGAAUCAGUAGACUUUAUACUAACGGGAGGUGGAGACAUAGUCAGCAGUGGAGACAUAGUUAGCAGGGAAGAAACAGUCAAGAAAAUGAACUCAUUUCACAAGUCAACCAGCUGCAACAGUCAAGGGGAGCUAAUGCACAAGCAAUUGGACCCGUCGAGGCCUAAGACUCUAGAGUUGAGACAAAGUCCAUCGCAUGACAAUGUUCAGCGUUCUUUGGUUAGGAGUGUGUCUCGAUCACUUGACAAUAUGUUGAUUGUCGGAGGUGGCUCGAAAUCAAAGAAGAUGUCAAAACCAGAUGGUGGGUCAUCCAGGAGGGGAUCUGGCUUGAGUGGCUUCUUCCUCUUCAAGAAAUCACGAGCUAAAGAGGACACCAUAGCUGCAUCACUUUCAUCACGUUCAUCACGUUCACAGAGUUUAGAUGAUGUGGAAUGCAUCUUGCGUAUGCAAGAACGAAACUUUACAGACAGAAGGAAUGGCCCAGUAAUUAUAAAUCAUGGCAGAGAAGUCAAGGAUGAUCUAUUCUCUCCAAGCUCCAGAGAGUCAUCACCAACAAAACCUGAUAAAAUCACUCUCAACAAUCAAGGAGUGAAGAAAUUACCUUUACUUCGAAAGUCAAGCAGCUGUGGCAGUGGACUGGAGCUGUUGCACAAGCAACAGCAACAAGUGGAAGCCACAUUACCAAAAUCAAGAACUAUUGAGCUACUGAAGGUGUCGUCAUCUAUGGAAACUAUAAAUUUUGAGGAAGACGCUGCAAGUUUGAAGUCAUCAAGAAAUUCAAGAACAGGAUCAAGACCAAGUCUGGAGGAGAUGCUGCAACAUUUUACAAUCCAGGGGUCGUCUAAUCUGCAGUCACAACUGAAGACCUUUCAGGAGGAGAUGCCAGCAUGUUGGAUGGACAUUGUGGAGAAUUCCGAGAAAUUGAGUGAUGUGCAUCACGAACUUCAGUCUGCCAUUUGGGAGCUGAUCUCAAACGAACUUGGAAACAUCAGGGUUUUGAGACUUUUACAUUACUUCUAUUGCAAGUUGAUUCAACUGCAGGAUAUGCUAUAUCUGAUCGACGUGAAUCCUGAUGUUUUGUUUGGAAACAUCAAGGAAGUGCUUGACGCUUGUGAAGGAUUCUGGCACAACAGAUUGAGACGAGUGUAUACAAAUUCAAGAGACAGUGGAAAUCUGUUGAAUGCUCUCGACGUGAAUGAAGCUUUUCUUUCUUUUUCUGACUACUUUGAGCCGUAUGUGUCGUAUUGUGUGAGAGAAAAGAUGGCACUCAGUUACUUGAACAACUUGAAACGAAAUCAGAAAUCUAACACUUUUGUUCAGUGGUGCCAGAGGCAUGCGGAGUGCGAACGUCAGGAGCUGUUUGGGCUUCUAAAUCGUCCAACUCAGCAGAUGACUAGAUAUCAGCUGCUGUUGGAACGCGUGAUGAGUAAAUCACAGAGUCCAAUGACAAAGAGAGCCUUGCAUGAUCGAAUAGCAGAAGUAAAGGAUUUUGUCAUGCUUAUCAAUGACACAGCUCGUCUUGAGGAAGAAGCAAACAAGGUGUUAGGCAUCAGCAAUCUCAUAUCAGGAUAUCAACUCUUUGACAACCUUCCUCAUGAAGCACAGUUUUAUUUGAAUAACACCAUGCAGCUGAACUUGAUGGCAAAAAUGCCGGGCGUGCCAUCGACUGUUUGCCAGCAGAGAGUUCUUAUUCGUCAGGGUUCUUGUGGGUUGCUCAAAAGGCCAACUAAAGAAAUGAGAGGAUUUGUCUAUCUGUUAACUGAUGUGCUACUUAUUACUAUUACUGUUAAAGGAGGAAACAGAAAGCAAAAGCUUUUCAAACAACCAAUGUAUCUUGAUCGUCUGCAGAUUGGACUAAGUAGAAACCCAGCUUGUUUCUUGUUGAUGUAUUGUGAGAAUUUCGGUUUCGAGUAUGUUGUUGAUGCUGUUUGGGUGAAUGUCGACUCUAGUAAGAAUGCAAAAGAAUGGCAGAGAGAUAUAGCUGACGCUCAGGAAAACUACCAACGCCUUCAAAAUGGACAGCAUGUCAAGUCUCACCCUCGUCUACCUGGUAUACAGCAAGCAUCCGUUGGACACAGUGCACGUAGCUCCGACUCUGACCAGCCAACAAUCAUAUCUCCACAAGGUGAAAUGGAAGCAGUGCAUUCCAAUGAACAGUGCAGCACAUCAAACGUACAAUCACAUUCUCUUGCGAGGAGCGUUUCCGCCAUCACCUCCAAUUUUGUGUUACCACUACAUCCUGAAGCUGAUGUUCCCGUACGAGCAAAGAAAGUCUCAUUGACUUCGCUGUCUCACAUAUCUCGUCCAGUUUCAUCCGACGUUUCAAGCUUCAGUCACAUGUCGUGUAGCGCAUCAAGUGACGGUUGGUCAAGAUAUUACUCGAGUUCUGACGAAGAUAUGCCAGAAAAUCAAAGAGGCAUCAACACGUUACCAGCUAAGCAAGUAAACGAGGUCACAUUUCAGGAUCAGAGUCAGACUGAGGCGCAUCAACCAACCAAAUCGUCUCAAGAUUCACAUAUGCAGGAAGUUGAUUUCAAUACGACUUCAGUGACUCACGCUGUAAGUUGCUAUAGUUUCUUCUCGGCGAGGAAGCAGGGACGUGAUGAAAACGGAAUGAGAUCUGAACAUAGUGUUACGUUUCGAAAUCAGUUUGGCAAGGAUGACUCCAAUGUGACUGUGACUGGUGAUGACAUGAACUCAGCUUUAGAUCCUCGAACAUCAGUGCAAGUUAUCAAACAGUUAAACGGGAUGCCAAUGUCGCCGUCUAGUUUAGAAGUUGAUAUCAGCUGUGAGUCUGUUUGAGCUCGAGUUUUAUAGGCAAUUAUUGUGAUUAACUUUAUGAUGCAGCUUGUUGGCUGCAGAAUCGAUAUAUUAGAUUUAUAGUUGUCAAUCAUAUCACUUUAUAAAGUGUAUGUAGGUUUUGUUUAUAUUUUAUUGUAAAUGUAGGUUUUGAGCUAGUAGAUGUGGAGUGAGAUUAUUGGACAUGAAGAUAUGACUGAGUAAUACAGUA